GCACUGAAAAGCGGCGGGCGGCCCGCGAGCAUAGAGACUUUAUGCCAGACGGGCCACUUGGCUUAUCAGGAACUUCCGGAAUCACAUAAACAUAUCCAAAAUGAGCAAUUUGGAAGAGGCUGAACUACAGCUUUCUGAAUUAGAUUUGCUUUCUAGUAUGUUUCCUAAUGAAGAUGAAUUUAAGGUGAUUGACCAGCUGGCUUUAGCAGAACUGAAAGAUCACGUUGAUAGAGAUACUUUGGAGGUGCCAUCUUCAAAAAUACAGUUUAUGCUGAAUUUAGAAUUAGAAACUCCUGAUGGAAAAAUGGUUCCACUUGCUUUGUCUUGCGCUUUCCCAUUAAAAUACCCAGCUGUUCUUCCAGAAAUCACUAUCAGAUCUCCAUCAAUAAACCGAUCACAGCAGGCUCAGCUGAACACAGAUCUUAUAAGCUACUUGAAGAAACACUGUGCUGGUGAGGUCUGCAUAUUAAGCGCAAGAGAAUGGGUUAAAGAUCAUGCCGCUGCUUACAUGACCAAGGAUUCCUCGCCUUCCACUGUUCAGAAAUCAAGUGUUCAGAAGUCAGAAAAUAUUUUCACUAGACUAUGGAUUUAUAGUCACCAUAUUUAUAACAAGCAAAAAAGAAAGAAUAUACUUGACUGGUCUAAGGAGCUUUCUUUGUCUGGAUUUAGUAUGCCUGGAAAACCAGGUAUCAUUUGCGUAGAAGGCCCACAGAGCAUGUGUGAGGAGUUUUGGGCAAGAAUCAGAAGAUUAUCAUGGCAUCGAAUCUUAAUCCGUCACAGAGAAGACAUUUCCUUAGAAGGGACUGAAGCUGAAAUGGAGAAACAAAAGAAGUUUUUAGCUUUUGAAGAAAAAAUAUUUGAUGCCCAUGGUGCCAGAGGAAAUCACAUGGAUUUGGGACAAUUGUAUCAUUUUUUACUUGACAGCGGAUGUGCUGAUAUGUUUCAACUGUACUUUGGAGUUGAAGGACAAUAGAUCAAUAAGAAGUGGGAGGGGAGCACAUUUAAAUGAAAGCUUUGUCAAAUCUCAUUGUUUUUCCUUUUUAAAAAAUCAAUAAAGGAUUGCUAGACUUUAAUAAUAAUGUUAUUU